CAAAAAUUAAAGAAAUGCAAAAAAAAUUACUGCGAUGGCCGGGAAUCGAACCCGGAUCAACUGCUUGGAAGGCAACUAUGCUGACCAUUACACCACCAACGCAAGUUGAAGACAUGAACUAAAGGUGCUGUAUAUAAACAGGUAUCACUAUAGUGUAUUGCUAUGUUCUUGUUUUCAAAAAAUCAUGAUAAGAAUAAUAUUGAGACAUGUUGAUAAUGGAAUCCGAUUGGCGAUUGACGUCCAACAGGCGACGACGGUGCCAUUCAUUAACCAUUAUUAAAUUUAAUAAUUUAUAUAUUAUAUUAUUUCGGCAUGAUACAUUAAAUGAUUAAAACAUUAUUACUAUUCCGCCGGUAAAAAUGUCAAUCCAACUACUGAGGACAACGUAAAACGACUUUUAUCUUAUUUAAUUGUUCAACGGAAUAUUUUAAAUCCAAAAUGGCUGCAAACCCGGGACCGGCACAUUCAACGUCGUCGGCGCCAUUCCGUUUGACCGACUCGGAAACGAAUCCUAUGUGCAUUUAUCUGGUGAAAAACGACAGUAAGGGUGACAAACUGUUGUUCCGUUACCCGUUCCACAGUUUCGGUGGACCUGUAAAGGUGAGUUUCAACGAUCAAAAACGGUCCCUGCACAAAGACUCAGGAUUGGUAAAGACAGUGCGACCGCACGAUCUCACCAUUUUCACGGACGACGUCAUAUCCAGCCUGUUCGCCGUCAAGAUGGAGCUGUGCGACCGCAAGUUUGAACUGAAAGUGAACAAUGUUCGAUUUGUCGGUCACCCAAUGCAACUGGUGACUGGCGGGAGCGAUAGUGGCAGCGAAGGCGGCAACAAAAAACCACAGAGCCCAUCUAUUAUAAUGAUCAACAUUGUUUUUGCGCUAGAUGCAUUUGCACGCCGUCAAAUAUCUAAUUGCUACUACGAUCUGAGCAAAGUAUUAGGCGUUGCUUUGCGUCACGAAGAAAAACGUUGUGCAUAUCUAUCCUCACAAAUAAAAGAUAUGCUCUACAUACAUGAUACCAUGGCCAUGAGUACAAAUGAAUGUGAUCUAGACUCAUCUGUUGAUAAUAAACAUUUCAUAAGUAUUCUCGAAAACAGUUCUUUGGCACAAGAUUUGAAAUCUGUGUUUGAAGGUGUUGUGACCAAUGGUUUAAUCAAGUUAAAAGUGAAUGACUGGGUAGAUGUCAGCUUCUGUUUGCCACACAAGGUCCAUCAUUUCUAUAGAGACGGACAAUACUUUGAACCUGAAUCUAUUAACAAGUGUUUAAAAGGACUUAGACCAUAUCAUGGUUUGCUGUUAAUGGCCGACCGUAAAGUUCUGUUGGACAGCUUGCCACAAGAUUCUAGUCCAUCAAUUGUUCGACUAAUCAACAUGUAUAACCCUGUCAAAAGUUUAGAAACCUUAUCUGCUGAUUCGGAUCUUACCUUGGCUCAGGUAUUUAAUAUAGCUGGACAUUUGAUUUAUUGGGGUGACGCAAUUGUAAUAUUUCCAUUGUCCGAAACAAACAUGUAUGCCAUUGCUCCUAACGUUCCAACUGAACGCAACAAUGAAUAUGCCAAAAAAUUUGAAAAGAAGUUUCCUGGACAAAAAUUAUUGGAUGUAAUGAGUGAAUUUUCCUUUCCAACAUCGUUACAGUAUAAGAUGUGUCCAAUUGAAGAUAAAAGUAGUGGCUCAACCACAAUCCAAAUACUAAUUUGGUUGUUACAGCACAAAAUCUUAUUACAAUAUCAUACAUAUAUGUAUUUUAUGCCAUCCAGUAAAGGACUUGGAUAUUAUAAUGAUGAAUCAGAGUUUCAUGACUACAAUAAUAAACACCCGUCUGAAGCACCAAUGACUACAUACCAGACACUAUCUGAAAACUGGCUGCAGUUGUCAUCAGGGGGAUACAGUUCUUCCAUGUCAAGUGCUGAAGAAAUGUUUCACAGUUUGGAUGAAGAUGAACAAAUAGCAUUGAUGCAUAUACCUGCAUCAGCAAAUCCUGAUGACUUUCGUUUAUUAAUGAGAUUGUUAAAACAAGGUUAUCUUUCUGGUGAACAUCAUUUAGAAGAGAUAAUGUAUUUAGAAAAUAUCAGGCGAUCAGAAUUACUAAAAUUGUUGGACAAGUUCAAAGAUGUACUAGUUACUGUUGAAAUGGAAGAUCCAAUAAUUAGUAAUUUUUAUUCUCAUUAAGGAAACAAAAAUAUCUAAGGUUUUAAAAACUGUUUAGUUGUGCAAAAUCGGCCACAAAUUAAAUUAAUGUCU